AUGAGGUAUAAAAUUGAGGAAUGCCCGUGGGAUGAAGUUACAAUAAUAGCAGCCGCUUUUUAUGGUAAUUUAGAAAACUUAAAAUAUAUUCAUAAAAAUGGCUGUAAAUGGAAUAAAAAAGCAACAAAAGUUGCUGCUUUAUAUGGACAUUAUGAAUGUUUAAAAUAUGCACAUGAAAAUGGAUGCCACUGGGAUAAAAACAUAUCUAGAUAUGCUGUUAUAGGAGGAAAUUUAGAUUGUUUAAAAUAUGCACAUGAAAACGGAUGUUCAUGGGAUGCAAGCAUAACGAAAGCAGCUGCAAGAUAUGGGCGUUUAGAAUGCUUACGAUAUGCACAUGAAAAUGGAUGUCCAUUAGAUGAUGUCAUAACUAUUGAGGCCGCUGCAAAUGGACAUUUCGAAUGUUUAAAAUAUGCACAUGAAAAUGGAUGCCACUGGAAUAAAGACAUAACUAGUUAUGCUGCUAUAGGAGGAAACAUAAAUUGUUUAAAAUUUGCUCACGAAAAUGGAUGUCCAUUAGAUAAUAGGAUAACUACUGUGGCUAUCGAAAAAGGUUAUUUUGAAAUUUUGAAAUAUGCACAUGAUAACGGAUUUUCAUGGCCUGAAAGAACAACAAUAGCAGCUGCAAGUUUUGGUAAUUUAGAAUUUUUAAAAUAUGCUCAUGAAAACGGUUGCAAAUGGGAUGAAGGUACAAUAGUUACAGCAGUAAUGAAUGGUAAUUUAAUAAUUUUUAAAUAUCUACUUGAAAAUGGAUGUUCUUGUGAUGAAGAAACAACACAAACUGCUGCCAUUUAUGGUAAUUUAGAAUUCUUAAAAUAUGCUCAUGAAAAGGGUUGCAAAUGGGCCAAUGGCACAAUUAAAGCUGCUGCUUUUAAUGGUUAUUUUGAUUGUUUAAAAUAUGCAUAUGAAAAUGGAUGUCCAUGGGAUUAUGACACAACUAGAGUUUCUGCAGCAAGUGGUUGUUUAGAAUGUUUAAAGUAUGCUCAUGAAAAGGAGUGUCCAUGGUAUGAAGAAACAUUAAAUACGGCUGCCGCGCAUGGUAAUUUAGAAUGUCUAAAAUAUACAUAUGAACUUGGAUAUAAUUGGAACGAAGGUACGAUGAGAGGCACUGCUGCAAAUCGACAUCUAGAAUGCAUCAAAUAUGCCUAUGAAAAUGGUUGUCAAUGGGAUGAGGGUACAACAAGGGAAGCUGCUGCAAGUGGUUGCUUUGACUGUCUGAAAUUUGCUCAUAAAAAUAGAUGUAAUUGGGAUGAAGGUAUUAAAAUUGUUUUGUCAUCAGUCUUAGCCCCACAGUUAUUUUUUAAACUUAAAAUACCCGUUCCUGGUAUACUUAACGUUACUGGUUGA